AUGUUCUCCGGGUCCAGCUCCUACCUAGGGGGCGGCAACAGCGCCCGACCCGGGCAGCCUCAGUAUGGCCAGCAGCAGUCAUUCCAGCAGCCCGGAGGCUUUCAGGGGGGACUGGGCCCUCAGCCAACCGGCUUUGGCGGAGGCCCAUUGCAGCCGCAGUUCACAGGCUUUCCGGGCCAGCCGCAGAACUUCCAGCAGCAGCAACCCCAGUUCACGGGCUUCCCAGGCCAGCAGGCCCAGUCGUUCCAGCAGCCUCCGCAACAGCAGCCCUUCCAGACUGGCGCGCCGCCCCCGCAACAGCCUCAACAGCCUCCUCCGCAGCCGCAGCGGCCACAGCCCACGGGCAUGACGUCCGCGCAGAUGGCCGACUCGUUCAGGUCCACGUCCUCGAGCCAGUCGGCCCCUCCUCCGCCCCCUGCGAAGUCGAGCAAGAUCCCGAACAUCAGGCUGUCGUUCAUUACGGCGCAGGAUCAGGCGAAGUUUGAGCAGCUGUUCAAGUCUGCUGUGGGCAAUGCGCAGGCCAUGUCUGGGGACCAAGCUCGAGACCUGCUGAUGCGCUCGAAGCUCCCGGGCGAUGCUCUGUCCCAUAUUUGGACCCUGUCUGACACCACAAAGUCCGGCCAGCUGCUGUUCCCAGAAUUCGCCCUGGCCAUGUACCUGUGCAACUUGAAGUUGACGGGCAAAGAUAUGCCCACCAGCUUGCCGGAACGCGUCAAGAACGAAGUGUCCAGCAUGGUCGACAUCAUCUCGUUUGGCGUGCCAGAUGAGGGGCCAAACCGCCCUGCUCCGGCGAGCAAUGCCCCUAAGUUCGAUGAACCCCUCAGCCAGAGCUCUCAGAACAUCCCAACUAUCCAGCAGCCACAGCCGCAGCAAUCCAACAGCCAGCUGCUGACUUCAUUGGUGUCUCAGCCCACUGGAUUUGGUCAACCGCAAAUGGGUGGCAUGCAAGCGCAACCCACUGGCUUUGGGCAGGCUCCUGGAGGGGGUUACGCUGGCCCGCGACCGCCGAUGCCACCGAUGCCCACAGGAUUUGGGCCAAAUCUGAAUCCUCAACCAACUGGCAUGGCUCCAUUGAAUGCACAACCAACGGGGAUGCCAGGCCAGUGGGGAUUAGUCAAUAACCCCGCCACGGGUCUCCCAAACAUCGAAGCACUUGCGCAGCGCAUGAUGCCGCAGACGGGACGCGAGGGCAAUGGCAACUACACCACCUCUGGACUCAGUGGCAAUGCAACUAUUCCUUGGGCUAUCACCAAAGGUGAGAAGAGGCUGUAUGACGACACCUUCAGGGCUUGGGAUGGUUUGGGAAAGGGCUACAUCAGCGGCGAGCAGGCUCUUGAGAUCUUCGGCCAAAGUGGGCUUCCCAAACCCGACCUCGAGCGUAUUUGGACGCUGGCCGACUCAGCUGAUCGCGGUCGAUUGAAUCUGGAUGAGUUUGCCGUGGCCAUGCAUCUCAUCUACCGUAAGCUCAACGGAUACCCAGUGCCAAACCGCCUUCCUCCGGAAUUGAUUCCUCCCUCAACACGCAACAUCAACGCAUCCAUUGGCGCGAUGAAGUCUUUGCUGUCUCGUGAUGCAGAGGAGCGGAAGACCACCGGGGCUUUCCUUCAACCCCAGCGCACGGGUGUCAGCUAUCUCAAGUCGCACUCCUUCCGGUCUGGAAGCCCGGCAGCCGGGGGUCGCAAAGACGCGACCGUGUUCCGAAACAAUGAUGACAAUAUUGGGUAUCGCUCCAGUGCGAGGCAUCGCCUUGGUGCAGGAGGUCGCUCGCCCUCUCCCGCUACACCGUCCUCACCCAGUUCCGAGCGAUCAGAUGAAUUGUCUAUCGACCAGCUCAAGAAGUCGGUUAGAGAGAAGCAGAUUCUGUUAGAUGCCAUGGAUACCCGAGACGAGAACGCUGCUGAUGAAGAUGAUGCGCUUGACCGUCGGGACCGACGAGAAGCGGAAGAUCUCUACCGCCGAAUCCGCCGGAUUCAGGAAGACAUUGAUAGUCAUCCACAAGCAUCUCUCAGAUCCAGCGAUUCUGAUGCCGAACGCCGGGCCCUCAAGCGUCAGCUUCAAAACUUGACGGAUCGCUUGCCCGAACUUGCUUCGAACGUUCGUCGAACAGAGCGCGAGAUUUCCGAUGCGCAGCUAGAGCUCUUUAGGCUUAAGGACGCCAAAGCUAAUCCCGGAUCAGCCUCCGCUAUUGUUGGCACUGGUCCGGGAGGCUCAAUCACCGAAGCAGAUCGUUUGAAAGCGCGCGCCAAAGCUAUGAUGCAAGCGCGCUCCGCUGCCCUCACUGGCAAGCCUGUGCCUGCCGGCGAUGAUACGGGCGCAGCCGCAGAACGUCUAGAGAAGGAGAGCUUACGCAUCCGUACUGAGCGGGAGAAUAACGAACGCAUGAUUCGCGACGUAGAGGAUAGUGUUAGUGAGUACACCAAAGGGCUGGAGGCAAGCCUCAAGGAGGGCGGACAUGACAGCACUAGCGAGCAUGAACGACGUAGAUGGGAAGAUGGGUUGGGCGUUGAGGAUGAGGUCAAGGACUUCAUCUUUGAUCUCCAACGGAGCAGCAGGGCUGCCCGCAUUCGAAAGGAAGACUCGUCCCGUGACCGUCACCAGCCGUCAUCCCGCGCCAUCGAAAAUGAUCGACCUUCCGCGUCCUCUCGAUUCGAAAGUCCAGCACGUAGCGCUGAACCUUCUCCUCGCCCUUCUUCGACUACUCCUGCAGGUGGCUCUUACUCAUCCUACAAGACUCCAGAAGAGCGCGCGGCUUUCAUCAAGCAACAGGCUGAGCUGCGCAUGGCUGAACGGCUGGCUGCCCUAGGUCUGCGCCCGGCAGCCAAGGCUGGCGAAACCCCGCAGCAGCGUCAAGAAAGGGAGAGGAAAGAGCGAGAAGAGAAGCUGCGACAAGCUGAAGAGGAAGACGCCCGCCGUGAGGAGGAGAGGCAGAAGCGCCUCAAUGAAGAGUCCAUCGCUCCACCGGUCGCCGCGAAGACGAGCGGCAAGAAGCCGCCUCCACCACCGGCUUCAAGGAAGAACAAGGCCGAGGUCGCUCAGCAUGAUGUCAAACAAGCGGAAGCGGAAGCCAGGAGGGCGGAAAACGAGAUCGCUGAGAAGGCACUGCGCGAACAACAAGAGGCUCAAGAAGCUGAGCGUAUGCGCAUGGAGGAGGAGGAGAGACGGCAGGCAGAUGAGUUGGCCAAGGAGCGUGAAGCCGCCCAAGCGAGGCUCCGUGCCUUGGAAGAGCAGGUCAAGCAAGGCAAACUCAAGAAGCAGGAAGAGAAGAAGCGCAAAGAAGCGGCACAGAAAGAGGCCAAGGAGAAGGAGGCUCGACUCGCAGCCCAACGCGCAGAGAUUGAAGCCGCCCGCGAGCGUGAACGACAGCUACAGUUGCAGUUGGAGAGCCUCGACGAUGAGGAGUCUUCUUCUGAUGACGAGGGCCCGCAGAACAUCACUCCGCAAGACACGACGCCUACAGCCAGUCAAGAACUACCACGGGAGACCGCUCCUCCCGCAGCGCCUCCGCCAGCACCCCCAAUGCCACCAGCAGCUCCACCCUUGCCGCGCCAGAACAGCACCCCACCGUCUUCCAUGGCAAGUCCGCCGCCCUCAUCGCUCACAAGCCCCCAUCCCGGUAUGGGCGACACAGAAACGAAGAAUCCGUUUCUCAAAAAGAUGGCUAUGUCUAACCAGGACCACAAUCCCAUCCCGACACCCCCACCCCCACCAAGCAAUGCCAGCGAGGUGUCUACCAAUCCGUUCCACCGUCUGACGCAGGAGAAUGCCAACAAGGCCCCCACCUUCAGCGAACCAGCUGCUCCCCCGGCCCGUACUCGAGGCAGGCCAGAUGACGAUGACUGGUCGGUUGUUGACUCAGAUGAUUCGUCUUCGGAUGAUGACGAUGCACCCCAAGGAGGCGCCAAGCAGCUGGCCUCUAUCCUGUUCGGCACUAUGGCUCCACCACGUCCGCUGUCUUCCAUGGACAACAAGAGCCCUCGCGCUGAGAGCCCAACUGUGUCGUCGCCACCUGCAGGCAUCCCACCGCCUCCGCCAAUGCCAACGGGCGGGGCGCCCCCUCCACCACCAGGUCCACCACCGCCACCUGCUGGGGGACCUCCGCCUCCGCCUCCGCCUCCCAUGCCCGCCGCGAGGCCCGCCGGAGCACCUAAUCGCGGUGCCUUGCUAGGCGAGAUUCAGGCAGGCAGGGGCUUGAGGAAGGUCGAGACGAAAGAUCGCAGCACGGCGGCAGUAGCAGGAAGGGUUUUGUAA